UUUCACUGUAUCAUGACGAGGAAACGAUUGAACCAGUCGUGCACUGGAAAAAGAUGAACUGGUAGGAUCAACAGCAGUAGAAUCUGUGGAAUGAGCCAUGAAUCCAGGAACUAGGCGACUGAUACCAUGUUAGAAAUCUGGUUGAAUUCAAGAAUUGUUACUUUGUUUUGGCCGUUCAAAUCAAGGUUCUACAUCUGGGUAAACAUGGAGGGUUAUUCAUCAGAUGGAUCUACUUCAUUUUUUGGCUCAAACAUACCCAGCGAACCACAACUUCCACAACAGACUAACUCUUUGGGCGUAGUAGAUGGAUGGCUGGAGCUGCUUGGCAGAGACAAUGGGUUAGUACAGGACAACAUCGACUUCUCUGCUAUAGACGAUGGACCAACGGUUCGGUCUCUGCUAGACCAACACCAUCAAUUCAAUCAAGGAGAAACAUCCGAAGCUUCAUAUCAAACAGUAUCAGAAGGUGGGACUCGAUCUAAACUCACUCCAGCUCAAAGAAAAGAAAACAAAAGACAAAGUGAUUACAAGUAUAGGCAAAAGCGCAAGGUAACAGCAGAUGAACAGAUUGGGGAGAUUAAACGCUUGAAAGAGGAAAUUCAACGGUUCAACGUUGAGAAUGGAGAGUUGAAAGCACAACUUGGAUUGCUACUCCUUAAUGCGCAAUUCCAAGCAGCAGCUCAACAGAGACAGGAUGGUUACAUUACCCAGUCAACCGGCAAGCAGCUUCACCCUCAAUAUGUUACUGUCCAUGGAACAAACUCUGAAGCUGUUGACAAGAUGAAUGAGAUACCAAAUCUGCAGGGAACAGUUCCUGUAAAUGUAGUUGAUUGUAAUGACGGUAUAGCAAAAAAUCAGACGAGUUCUGAAGUUGAAACAUGCAGUAAUAAUGAAGCAGCCAUAACUGACAUUCUUAUGAAACUUGAAGCUGAUGACGAGAGCAGAGUGAAGUUCUCUGACUUCACUGGCUUACAUGGUGAGCGCAUACAAGUAGGAAAAUAUAGUUUCCCACCAGCCCUACAUCCGAUUGUGAACAACAUUAUCAAAGUCUACGGUGAUGUUUCAGCAACAAGUAAGAUGAGCCCAAGUAUUGCCGAGACCGUUUAUAUCGUGUUCUGUGCUUCUGUCAAAGAGAUGAGCAAUCUACGGCUGGAGCACGUCACCGAGGAUCUCAUAUUGAAGUGGAGGGAUGCAAUCAAAGAUGCUUUACGCAUCAAUUUCAAGGUGGAUUUCGCCCUGGAACAUUUGAAGAAAGUUGCUUGUGCAUACAUCGGUUUAAUGGAACGUCAAAAGCUGGAUAGUGCGGGUUUGAGGAUAUCCAAGUUAGAGGCUGAGUUGAGUACUGCGAAAGAGGAGCAUGCAAAGAUAUGUGAGCAGUCCAAGGUGUUUAUAGAUGCUGCAGAAGAGUUCAACGAUAAGCCUGUCAGCUCUGGUAUGUUCAAAAGACCUGGCCAGAUCAACGUUGAGCUAGAGCUAACAAAUGAACCGGAUUCGAGUACCCUAAUACUUUGAUUGGAGUAGCUAUCAAGUCCAAUCGAGUUUUUCUUGUUAAUAUAAAUUUUGUUCAUUUUUGUUUGAAACUAAAAUUUGAGUUUAAAUAAUUGAAUGAGAAUUAUGCUCAUUUUAAUAAGGUAAA